CCCCAGCUGGAUCAUUCUUGUGGCGUCAGCGAUAUUUUGGGAAGAAGAGAGAGACGGAGGAGAGUGAAGGCGGAGGAAGAGACCGAGGGAGAGAUGAUACCGCGGGCGUCGCCGUGUGGGAAAAAGUGCACGGAUACGUAUUCAGCGUUUACUCAGCUUCCAUGGAGAGUAUUCUGCAAAAAGGGUUGUGAUGCCGAUAGUGACUCAUGGGAAGAUUGUGUAGGAGACUGCAGUGAAAUAUGCUACAAAGAUCCUGUGGUAAAAGACCGACCAUGGACUGCAGUUAUAGAUCGUUCUCCUGGAGAUGCCAAAUACUCUGAGAAUUGCUUUCACGCAUGUGUUGCAGGCUGUGGUUACAAGUUUGAUGUUGAAGCUGAGAUAGUCAAUAAGGUGAAACCAAAGAGACCUCCACCACCACCGCCAAAGCCACAACCACCACCAAGGUCUCAAAAACCAAUGCAACCUUCUACUGAGGAUGUUCCUGCAACUUCAGCUUGACAUAUCACAUAUAACCAUCAAAGGCUAACAAUUGAAACUCCUCAAUUUUUGGUAUCUAACAAGUGAGGGAGUAUUAAUGUUCAAGGUAGCCAACUCAAAGCAAUUGGUCCACAAUCCAUUUUCUUGAUAGCUUGUAAUGGAGAUUGUAGAGUGUAUUAGUGGGACUCGUCCCGUGGAUGUCCUUAUGAUUGUUUUUGGUCUCUAAGGCAUAUUAAUGAAAUAGAACAUCACAAAGAGCUCAAUCAAGUUCAUGUU